UGGGGCCGGCAUCGCUCCCAGCGGGGCUCUUCUCUCCCUCAGGGCCUCUGGAGCUGCAGCCCCACCACAGCCGCGUCCUGCUGCUCGGCACGCUCACAGCGCGUUCGUCCCCCCGCAGCUCGCACCAUGCCCAGCCCCGCCGCGCUGCCGCUGCUGCUGCUGCUGUCCCUGCGCUGGGUGCCGGCGGGCGGCGACGCGCUGCUCCCCCCGCUGUCGGCCGCGUCGUUCCUGCAGGAUCUCCUGCGGCGCUACGGGGAGGGCGAAGCGCUGAGCCUGGAGCAGCUGAAGGCGCUGCUCAACCGCCUGGACGUGGGAGUGGGGCGCGGCAACGGCUCGCAGCCCCGCGCCAACGUGUCCCAGUGCUUCAGCUCGGCCGAGCUGUUCGCCGCGCACAACCUGAGCGAGGGCUCCGUGCUGGGCGCCGCGGAGCUGCGCGCCUUCUGCCCCGCCGUCCUGCAGCAGCUCGAGUCGGCGGCGUGCGCUGCCGAGAACCUGGAGAACGAGGAGAACGAGCAGACGGAGGAGAGCAGACCCAGCUCGGCUGAAGUCUGGGGUUACGGGUUCCUCUGCGUCACCGUCAUCUCCCUGUGCUCGCUGGUGGGAGCCAGCGUGGUGCCCUUCAUGAAGAAGACAUUUUACAAGCGGCUGCUCCUCUACUUCAUAGCUCUGGCGAUUGGAACUCUCUACUCCAACGCCCUCUUCCAGCUCAUUCCCGAGGCGUUCGGCUUCAACCCUCAAGAAGAUUAUUACGUCUCCAAAUCCGCCGUGGUGUUCGGGGGCUUCUACCUGUUCUUCUUCACGGAGAAGAUCCUGAAGAUGCUGCUGAAGCAGAAGGACCCGCACCACCACGGGCACAGCCACUACGGCGCCGAGGCUCUGCCCUCCAGGAAGGACCGGGAGGAAGGCGUCACCGAGAAGCUGCAGAACGGGGACCUGGACCGCAUGAUCCCGCACGUCAGCAGCGAGAUGGAGUGCAAGAGCCCUGCUGGCGACGGGAAGGUCGUGGUGGGAUCGCUGAGCGUCCAGGACCUGCAGGCCUCGCAGAGCGCCUGCUACUGGCUGAAGGAGGUGCGCUACUCCGACAUCGGCACGCUGGCCUGGAUGAUCACCCUGAGCGACGGGCUGCACAACUUCAUCGACGGCUUGGCCAUCGGGGCCUCCUUCACCGUGUCGGUCUUCCAAGGCAUCAGCACCUCCGUGGCCAUCCUCUGCGAGGAGUUCCCGCACGAGUUGGGGGAUUUUGUCAUCCUGCUGAAUGCUGGCAUGACCAUCCGCCAGGCGCUCUUCUUCAACUUCAUCUCGGCCUGCUGCUGCUACGUGGGGUUGGCCUUCGGCAUCGUGGCCGGCAGCCACUUCUCUGCCAACUGGAUCUUCGCCCUGGCCGGGGGGAUGUUCCUGUACAUCGCGCUGGCCGACAUGUUCCCCGAGAUGAACGAGGUGAGCCGGGAGGACGAGCAGAACGGCAGCGCGCUCGUCACCUUCGCCAUCCAGAACGCGGGGCUGCUGACGGGCUUCAGCAUCAUGGUGCUGCUCACCAUGUACUCGGGGCAGAUCCGCAUCGGGUAGGCCGGCCCACGGCGGAGCCCUGCGCCAGUUUUCCCUUUAUUUUGGGGGGGGGGGUUGGGGGGAGUUUUUUCUUUCCUUUUCCUGCUGCAAACAUCCGUCGGUGGCCGUGCAGGCGCUGGCGUCACGGAACGCUACAGAA